CAUACUAAUAAUACUAAUAGUAAUAUCAAUUUUGCUGUGAUCUGAUAUGAUUCAGUGUAGUGCAUAGUGUGCAGAAAUGAAUAACAAACUACUUCCUUGCUUGGUCUUCUUGGUGUAAACUACUCAUCUCUAUAUCCGUGCGUGGAUCCAGACGUGCAGCAGCACUAAGGAGCAACCAUGGCGCAACCCAGGACUUACCCAAAGAUAGUUCAGGAUAUCACAGGAUGUAUUCAAGACUUGAAGAGAGACUACACGGACAACAAGCAACCAAUCACUGAUGAUUCUCUGGUGUUGCACAAGUUUUGUGCUAAGCUUGAAUACUUGCUCCAAAUUGAAAUGAAAGGUCGUACCAGCAUUCUUGGUGGGCGUCGUGAUUACUGGGAAUACUUCUAUAAAUGCCUGAGCAAAGUCAAAGGCUUGAACGACGGAUUGCGAUUCGUGCGAGCAAUGGCAGAGGUGAAAAGUUCACUGGGACGUGGUCGUGCUUUCAUUCGUUACAGUCUGGUUCACCAUAGGUUGGGUGACAGCAUGCAGCAGUGUGUUUCCAAUGUGAAGGUUACAAGCGACUGGUAUAGCCAAAUGGGUGUACUUCUGAACACCGUCCAUAGCUCCACUGUCAUCAAUGCCCUGUAUGAACUCAAUGAUAUCCAGUUUGACCUUUCGCCUACCGGUUACGACCUAGACACCGCCUGGCCAACGUUUGCCCGUAAGAGCUUCGGUGCAUCGGGUCUGUUUCUCUGGCAACCUCCGAGUAGAUCCACUAGUACCAGCAGCGUCAAUUCACAGCAAAGUACAAGCGACUCAUACCCUAACAGUCCCAUGAUCGAAUCACGACCUUCGAUUCUGGAGGACCAACUCACCCGCCUCCAGAGGGAAUUCGAAGAAUGCGAGCAGGUGAAUCGGCAGCUGCGACAACGAAUCGACCAGCUGGAACAGGACAAUGAAGAGCUCCACCAGAUGGCCCAGGAGACGGAGGAACGCAUGACAGCCUUCAGGAACAACUCAGAGAGAGAGACGGCCGAACUUCAGGAUCAGAUCGAGAGACUUGAAGAAGGAGUGAACUCAAAGGAGGAGGAGUUGUUUGGACUAGAAGCCAAGUGGAAAGACAAAGUCCAAGAAGCUGAGAAGACGGCAUCGGAUCUGUACACUCGCAUCGAGGUGCUGAACAAGCAGCAUGAGAGUAGAGACAGGAUGCUGACGGAGUCCGAGAGAGACCUCAGAGAGAAGCUUCAAGUCUCUGAGAGCUCGGUGAGCGAGUUAAAACAGCAGUUGAUUGCUCAUCAAGCUGACUUGGUGACCAGGACUGCAUCUGAGACGAGCGCCAAAGAGAAGGUCUUGGAACUGGAGAGCAAACUUGCCGAUGCUGAAAACAGAAACCUGGAGCUGAUUGGGAGGAUGGACAGUAUGGUUCAAAACAAAGAUAGGACAGUCUCCAGUCACUUUGAAUCAGCCAGCAAGGUCCAUGAGCUUCUGACGAGACUUGAAGGAGCAGAGACAGAGAAGCUGCAGCUUCAGGGUAUAAGAGAGGAACUGAUUCGUAAACUGGAGCUCCUUGAGAUGCGGCAAACAUCUGAAAAGGAAUCAAAUGGUGAGAGUGUUUCAGAAAAACAGUCAACACCACACCUUGAGGGAUAUCUUCAACAGAUUGAAGAACUUGAGAGUGCAAAACAGAAACUGGAGUCCCAGAAUUCAGAACUAAGUAAAAAAGUUCACAGUCUCGAGGUGGCCGUGCAGAAAAGCAUGACGGAAAAAAUAACCUCCGAGAAACAGAUGAAUGAAUUGAAGAGAACAUUGUCGAAUUUGGAGGAAAGCGAUUGGUUGUUGAGAGAAGAAAAGGAAGAAUUGCAAAGAAACAUUUCACUUGUUGAACAAGAAAGGGACGAGGCAGUUAAACAAGCAGCGUUUCUUGAAGAUGGAAACAGGAAACUUGUGGAGCUGGAAAAUCAUCUCAGAAAAAGUCAAGAACAAGUGGAGGCUUUGAAACAGGAAAAUUCAAAACUGUUGGAAUUGGAAUCAAGGCUCAGCCAGUUGAUGAAGGACCUGGAGAAUCAAGAGGAACCAUCGAGAUUACCUGAGCCAAUAACUGAUCCACAAGUUUGUUCCGAAGCUUAUCAAACAUCCGCUUCGGAUACCAGAGUAUCAGCAGAAUUACCUGUGGAUGGAUCCCUUGUUCAUUCCUUUCAACGUAAAAUAAAUAACAUUCUGGCUGACAAGGCAACAGGGUCUAGUAGUCUUCAGGUUGCUCAGAGAGAAGUCGCCGAUUUGAAAAUGCAAAAUGACGAGUUACUCAAGCAGCUGAGAAAAGUGAACGAAAAGCAGCAACAGGACGGUAAAGAGGUUUCUGGCCUGUGUGAGACCAUCACACGUCUCCAGGGUGAACUGGCCGAUGCCGGCUUCAGAUCUGAAUCGCAGAACCAAGUAUUAACGGGGAGAGAUGGAGAGCUGAAAAGCCUUGGUGAGCAGAUGAGCAGCUUACAGCACAGGGUUGCAGAUCUUAAAGAGAGUGUCGUGCAAAAGUCCUUGGAACUAGAAACCCACAAGCAGAAACUUGACCGAGCGAGUAACCAUGUAACGUCUUUGAAAGUGUCACUCGAGAAGACAAGGAGUGACAAAGAAGCUCUUGAGUGCAAGCUGGGUUCCACUGAGACUUCUUUUGAAAGUCUAAAGCACGAGCACGCGGCACUGCUCAGUGACAAACAGGAAUUGGAAAAAUACAAUCAAGAGAGCUCUGAAAACUUAGAGAGGCAAAAGCAGAUCAACAAAGACCUGGAGAACAUGCUGGAAGACACAAGGAGGUCGAUGGAAGAGAACGUAUCACUGGAGCAAGUCUUCGAAGACCGGAAGCAAAAAAUGAUCAAAGAGCACGAGGACAAGGUGGAGUUCCUGACGCACCAGUUCAACACGAUCCAAGAGGAGAUGGAGAAGGCUAAUGCUGAGAAGUCCAAAUUUGAGGAGGAGCACAAGGUGAUGUCAGCAGAGUUCCAGGAAAUGAAAGAGAAGCUGGAACUGAUGGAGACAGAGCGAAAUGAGAUCAAAAAGACAAACGACACAUUGAAUGCAGAGAUAGCUCGAGUGAACGAAGAAUCCGAUCUUGCCCACACUCAAAAGGAGGAGGCGUCUCUGAAACUAGAACAGCUGAGGUCAGAGAUGUUUGAAGCCCUGGAAGCAAACACGAGUAGGAUGCUGCGCUUGGAGAAUGCGCUACACGAUGCCCAGGCGGAGCGAGAUAAGGCUAAGGAACACGUCACUGUCCUGGAGACUGAGUUGACUGCAGCAGAGGAGAGUUUGUUACAGGCUAAGCAGAAAUGUGAGGAGAGCUCCCAGCAGCUGAAAAGCUUAGAGUGCGUCAUGCAGCAGGAGGUGUCUGCUCUCAAGUUCCAGCUGAGCUCAGAGGCCAUGGAGUACCAACAGGCCAUUCAGGGUUACAAGCAUAAGGAAGAAAAUCUUCAAGGAUUGCAGGAUCGAUGCAACGAGCAAGAAGAGAUAGUGGAGAGUCUGCAGACAGAACUGAACCUGGCAAGGGCACAGCUUGAACAACAACUGAAACAGUCCAAAGAAGCAGAGGAAACUGCUACCGAGAAACAGCUGGAGAACGUGGCCCUCCAUGAGGCUAUUGAGGAGAUGUCCAAAAAUAUGGAAGACCUACAAGUUCACAAGUUGAACUCUGAAGAGGAGCUAACAAAAUUAAGGCUGCACAGCCAAGGCAAGAAGACGUCGCUGGAAAGCAAGAUGGCUCAGUUAGAGAGUGACAACGUGGAACUCAAGAAACAGAUUAUCAAGCUCAUCAAAGAUAAAGACACGCUCUGGCAGUGGACUGACAAGCUUGAUCAUCAGCGCAAGGUGAAAGCAUCAGAGAGAUGGAUUGAAGAUAGCGAGGCCACAUAUUGCAUGCAGUGUCGUGUGGAGUUUUCUCUGAUGGUCCGACGUCACCACUGUCGCUUGUGCGGUCGUAUCUUCUGCGGCAAGUGUGCCAACUGCUACGUGUCUGCUGCACACAGCCGUAAGAAGUCGCGCGUCUGCGAGCAGUGCUUUGUCAUCCACCAGCACGCCAACGAGGCCGAGCAAGCGUCCAGUCCGAGCACGCUCAAACUGGACAGCGACGACGAUGAUGACGAAACAGAACGCGAGAACUUCGCCAGAGGUGGCAGGGCUGUCAUCAGUGGCUCCGACAGCCAGCUCAGCGAAGAUACGCUAUCCACGCCCACCACGGAGGCGGCGCCGUCUUCGUUCGAGGGCGCUGCAUCGGCAGACACGUCCCCGGAGCAUCAGGGUGCAGCAGCAGCAGUGAAAGACGAUGACUCCGCUUCGGUUGGGAAAGCGUCGCCAAGUGCUGGUCAAAAGUUGAAGCAAGCAGCCGGCCGUAGGAAAGGGGACGGCAUCCAAAUUGCUGGAAGCGAAUCCAGCUACUACUCAGAAACCGACCAGCCUGAGAAUCCAGUGAUUGUCUUGGACAGCCCACUGCCGCCGCGUCGUCGCACCCACCAGUCCGGUAGCGACGGGGAUGAACCGGACUUUGACCUGAUCAGCGAGGAAGAGAUCGUGGCCGCGAGGAACGAACCGGCACCCUCGGAGAGCCCCAGUAAUGGGGCGACGAGAGGUCAACGCGGGCUCGCUGAGAAAAGUACAUUCACUAGCCCCACCCUGCAUAUGAGUGAUUUGGAGGCGGGCAAUAAGGCCGACGAUGACAUCAUCAUCAAGGCCGGACACAGUUAUGCAGUGCCAAUACACCUUGACGCACCGGGGAUCAUCUUAUGCUGGGAAUUUGCAUCAGCUCCAAAGACGGUGUCUUUCAGUGUGACCUACCAACCAGCCGACCCCCCAUCGCCCACAGACGGGACCCAGGGUCAGCCAAGCCAGGUGGAUGAGCUCAUACCGCUCUGUAAAUGCAACUCACACAGACACGCCGUGCAGGGGGAACUGAUGGCUCGCAAAGCUGGCAUCUACACACUGCUGUUUGAUAAUAGUUUCUCCAGAUUCACUCAGAAGUCUGUGAAGUACAGCCUGCAGGUCAAGCGGCCCGAGGCGGCCUACUAGUCAAGUCCAGUUAGCCGGCUGAGAGCCACAUAAUACGCCAGGCACCCCCCCGACGAGCCAUUUUCCAAGAACUGCCAGAGUCUGUAGGUGACAUGGCCAUUGUGGUCUACAGACUCCGGGCUCAAGAACCCCCUCAAUGCUGGAGGGAGAGCCAGUUAAGGCCGGUUCCCGAAUGCAAAUGCGAACGUCAUGAAACAUUCCCUGCGAAAUUUUGCACAAGUUGCAAGUUCACACGACAAAAUGGCAUUUGCCUUUGCUUUCGCAUGGAGUAUGAACUGGUCACGCAGAUGUGGAUGCGAAGCGAAUUUGACGUCAGAGAACAUUUUCAACUUUUGCGAAUACUUGACGUGACAUCACAUAUGCUUCGCAUUUGCUUUUACGCUGAAUAACAAACCGGUCUUUAGGCAAUGCACUGCGAACGUACGCUUGACACUUAUUUAUGCAAAAAAAUUGUAUUCAUACAGAAGAGUUGAGAUUUUUUCACAGUAUUGGACAAAAUUGUAGAAACCAAAAAGGUUUUAAUAAUGGCAAUGCUCAACUAGUGUUCAUAUGACCCAAGUCACAUAUAGCUGUGCAGGGAAGAAAAUAAUUUUUCUCGUGAAACAGAAUACAGAACCAGAAAUUAAGUUAUAUAUUGUAAUAUAAGUGGUUACAGUUUCUGUGGAUAGAUCAUGUUUAAAAUAUGAAAAAGGAAGUUUAUGAAUGCAUGGUUACUUCGGCAGAGAGUGG